AUGUAUGGUCAAAAACCCAAUCAAGAGAGAGCGUAUUCCAAGUACCACGUAUGUCCUUGGGAAAAUAUGGCGGUCAGUUUUGUUUACAUUGAGGUACCAGAUGGUGGAUUGUUCACGCCGUCACCCGUCAGCAGUGACGUCACACCAACCAUUCUGAAUCAAUGCACCGUUUACAUUAAUUCCGGUGUCUAUACAUCCAGAGCCCGAUCCGGGUGUAGUCUUCCCGUAGAACUGCAGGGAACUUGGACAUACAAAAGAGGUCCAUUGUCUGAAAUUUUGUUUACGAAUAUCAGCGCAACAAUUACGCUGAAGGACGGGAGCAACUUCGUCGCCAACUGCGAGAGACACGACACCGAUCGUAACGGAGUUCAUCGGGUGGCACUCAGGACUAACAUCGAUGAAGGCCAUGAUGGAGUUGUAUGUCUGGUUCUAAACCCUUUGCAUGGUGGAAAAUUCCUCUCUCGAGUAGCCAAUAGCGGUGACCGGUACUUGAAUCAAGUGAAGACCAUCUUCUUCAUGGAACCAAUUUAUUUGUACGAAACCUGCGACCUGAUCGACACACCACUAGAGGGCUUUGUCAUGCAGCCUUCCGUUUAG